UGAAAGUGACGUACCCACUGUACCAGUUUGUGAAGAUGGAGGCGCUUGAUGUCGCUAUGGACACAAAUGUCAGAGAAGAGUGAUUAUUCAAGCUGAAAUUUAAACAUGUACAUCUAAAGAGACCAGGAAUUGAUCAUCAUCAUCAUGGGGUCAGGGAGUUCCAAGACCAAGAACGGAGCCCCUCCUCCUAAAGGCGAGGCCAAGAACAUUGUGGUAGCGGAAGUGGUGGUCCCCAAUAAGUCCGAGCCAGUCAGGAUAACGGGGGAGCUGGAUGAAGCCCCGCCGGCCAAUGGGAUCGGGGGACAUGCGACGGUGAAGGAGGUCGGCCACAACAAAUUUAGCUUGCAAGUGGGAGAUAAGAGCAUUGGAACAUUUGAAGCAUCCGACAGCGGGGAAGGAGGGGAUUUCACAUCCUACUUGGCGAACACCGCUACCCUGACCAUCAAGAACAUUGAGACGGUCGCAGAAGACGGAAACAAGAUGGCUUCCAAUUCCAACAACGAUACGAUGGUCAUCCAGCUUGAUGAUUCUUCUAACAAAGACUACAAUGAUGAGGGGGAGUGGGAGGAGGUGAUCCAGAUCGUCAAGGAAACGCCCAAGAAGACGAAGAAGGGCGGUCGCCAGAUAGAUCUAAAUGGGACCGACAGGAAAGCUCAGCUGGAGGAAGCCCUCCAGGACAAACAGUCUAAUCUCUCAGAGCAGGAGUAUGAGCAGAUGAUUGCCAACCAUAGGCAAGAAGUGGAACUGAUGACCCUCCUACGAGAGAAGGAGAAAGAACGGCAGAAGUUCUCUCUCGCAUCCAAGGUGGCUGCCCGUAAGAAGAGGAGGAAAGGCAAGCAGACCGAUGGAGAUGGGGGAGGUGAUGCAAAUAAUUUGGAUCUUCAAAGCACAGCUCGUUACCAGGAGCUGCAGGAGCAGAUCGCCCAACAGAAGGCCCAGAUGGAGCUCGCCAUCGAGCAGCAGAAGGGGAUGGCAAUGGGCCAGGAGUCGGACCAGAUCCUGGAGGCUCACAACAAGAAGAUGGCCGAGCUGGAGGCGGAGCUGAAGCGGGAGCAGGAGAAGAGGAGUGAGGUCUUGAACUCAAAGCUAGCGGAGAGGAAGAGAAGGAGGAAAGCAAGGAAGGCCGAGAAGGAAGCACAGAUGAGGCUGAAGGCAGAGACAAAGGUCCAGCAAGAUACGAAAGAUGCAGAAGAGGCAGCUACUGCUGAGAAGAUCCAGGCAGACAUCGAGGCCAAGAAAGCUGCUUUCCAGAGGGAGGUAGAGAGCAAGAAGGCACAGCUUUCAGCAGAUGAAUACAAACGCCUGCUAGCCAAGCACGAUGAGGAGAUAGCGGAGUUGACGAGGAAAGCGAAUGUCCAGCAGUUGAGGCAGGGCCAGAACUUGCAGGAUAAGCUGGACGCUCGAAGGAGGAGAAGGGACGGUGUCAACAGUGAGAAGGCGAUAACUGCUGCUGAGCUACAGAGGAUGGAGGCUGAGCUGAAGCAGUGCCAAGUCCAGUUCGAGGCCGAGAUGAAAGAGAAGAGAAGCACUGUGUCCAAAGAGGAGUACAAGCGUCUCAUCGCUGCGCACAAGCAGGAGCUGGCAGACAUGCAGACGAAGUUGGACGUGUCGAGGGAGCGCCAGCAGGAGGCAUUGCUGGAGAAACUCGCUGCGAGGAGAGCUAAGCGAUCCAAUAAGAAAGAGGAACAGGAACUGAUUGCUAAGCUAGAGGCCCAAACCGUUGCCAUGACGAACCCUGAUGCGGUUACCAAGGACCCCAUUCUCCAAGAUACCAUGAGUGCAGAUGAAAUCAAGGAAUUACAACUUGCCAUCAGCAAGAAAGACAUGAACUUCAGGAAGAAACUGAAAGAGAUCAAAGCUUCAAAGACGAACGCCGAUGCCCAGAAGUUCAUUGACCAGCAUCGGGUGGAGAUGGAUUUGAUGCAGUCACAGCUUGACCUUGAGAAGGCCAGGAUGAAGGCUGUCCUCAUGGCCAAGCUAGAGGCCCGGAGAAAGAAGGGAGGAGCUAGUGUUGACGAGACCGACCCACCAAUGUCCGCCGAGGAGAUCAAACAACUCCAGGUGAUCCUGGACCAGAAGUCCCAGGACUUCAAGAGCCGACAGAAGUCGGCCAAGAAGGAGAUGUCUGCCGCGGACCUCUUCAAGUACAUGGACGGUCACCAGCGAGAGAUGGAGAGCCUGGAAAAGAGGUUGGCGUUGGAGCGGCUCCGUAUGGAACAGAAUCUCAAGGACAAGAUGGCCGCCAGACGCUUCAGGAGACCAGGAUCUGCAGCUUCUGUUGAGAGCCAGGACAAAUCCGAAGACGCCGAGAUCCUACAGAAAGAGAUGUUGACGAAAGAAUCCACUUUCCUGGCCGAGGUAGAGUCCAAGAAAUCCAAGAUGUCCAAGGAGGAGUAUGAGCGUCUCCUCAGCCAGCACCGGAGGGAGAUGGAGGAGCUGCAAAGGAGGAUGGACCGGGCCAAGGGAAGACAGGCAAUGCACUUCCAAGAUAAGCUGGAUGAGAGGAGGAGACGCAGGCAGAUGUGGAAGAAUGAGGAGGAGGAGAGGAUGAGGCUCAUGAAGUUAUUGAAUGAUAAAUCUGAGUCGCUCAGCAAGGAUGAGUUCAACGACAUCACAGAGGACAUCUUGAACUAUGAUGAGGCGGUCCAGUCUGAAAUCCAGGAGAAAAAAGGCAAGGUCUCGGACAAGGAAUACCAGAAGAUGUUGGACGACCACAAGAGGAACAUGAGCACAUUGGAACAGACUUUGAUAGAGAAGGGCAAAGGUAAAAACGAGGAAAUCACCAGCAUCGAAGAUGAGAUGAAGCACCAGGAGGCCAUCUUCUUCACCAAGGUGGAGCAGCAGAAGUCGACGACGCCCAAGGAGGAGUACGAGCGUCUCCUGAAGCAACACCGGGAGGAGAUGGAGGACCUGAAGAAGAGGCUUGGAUGGGCCAAAGGAAGACAGGGCAGGCAUCUCCAGGAUAAGCUGGAGGCGAGGAGGAGGAGGAGGAAGAUGCUCGGAAACGAAGAGGAGGAGAGGAAGAGGCUGAUGGAACAGUUGGCCAAAGUUGAUCGUCUAAGUGGAGAAGAGUUAGAGGAACUUGAAGAUGCCAUCGAUUUCUACGACAUCUCCGUGUCAGCUGUCAUAGAAGCCAAAAAAGGACAGGUCUCGGUUGAAGAGUAUAACAAGAUGAAGGAGGAACACAAAAAGAAUAUGGCACUGAUGAACACCAGUCUUGAUGAAAAGGUAAUUUUGUGACAAUA